UAGAAAGCUGCUCCCUUCUUCUCUUCCCUUGUAAGUGUAGCUCGCUCGGAGAAGCCAAAGCCAACCCAUAGUUUUCUCUAACAAGUUCUGGAGAAUGAACCAGUACAGAAGCAGCAGCAGCUUUAGCAGUGUGGAAGUCGUGUCACAGUGCGAUGACCUUGUAAAUGAGAUUUUGCUUCGAUUGCCUCUACACUCCGUCUUCAAGUUCAAGUGUGUAUCCAAGACAUGGAACCGUUUGAUCUCUGAUCCUAUUUUCUGCAUCAAUUACCAGUCCCAGAGAAAGAAUUCUCCUCCCCCAUUGUUGGGAUUCUUUCGGGUUACUCUCACCAAUGAUCAGUCAAUACUUAAGCUUUCAUUCCUUCGAAAUUGUAAAGAAAGGAAAGUUACAAAGUUGGAUUACAUUGAAAACUAUUUAGUUAUAGAUAGUUCUCCUGAAGGCCUAAUACUAUGCAAUUUAGAAACGUUCCAGGGUUUCAAUUACUUCGUUUGUAAUCCCAUCAGAAACCAAUGGUUUGCUCUUCCUACACCAAACAAUGGACACGGUCUAUCCUUUGUGAAUUUGUCGUGUGAAGAAUGUAGCAAAGAUGGUGUGGUACAUUUCAAAGUAAUUGCAGCUUUCUUUGAGAAAGAGGAGCCAGCCACAUAUGACAGAUUACAUAUAGAAACUUUCUCUUCUCGAACAGGCGAAUGGAGUGAAUCAUUUCUCACUUCUCCAUCUGAAUUUUCACUUGGGAAGUCGUAUGGAGGUCAAUCAAUAGAUGGGAUCUUCUACUGGAAAGUUGGUGGUCAUUUCAUCGCUUAUGAUCCCAACAUGGGGGAAAAUCGUCUCUGGCUGAUAAGGUUGCCUGCUCGUUGCACCAAGAAAGAGCAUCAGCCAUUUAUGAAUUUUAUAUUGGGACAAUCACCGGAUGGUUGUGUACGGUUUGCCAUAGAUGACAGAGAUCAAUUCAUAGUCUGGGAUCUCAAAAAGAAGCUUUCUAGUUAUAGUUUAUGUCACACUAUACCAAGCAGUGAAUGGAUGCUGAAGGAAGUUGUGGGUUACAAGAUGUUGAACAUCAUUAACUAUCGCGCCACUGGUGGUGAUCCUUACAUUCGUCAGCUUAAAAAAUAUCCAAGUCUGAAUGCGUUUCAUCCUCGGAAUUCAAAAUUGGUGUAUCUCCGGCGGGGAAGCGUGAUAUUUUGCUAUGAUUUUGAGACUCGAAGAGUGGAACGAAUUCAGUAUCAUGGAAAGGGAACUGUCAUGGCAAACGAUAGAUUAGAUCCUUACUUCGAACCUCCUUGGCGCCCGUCUUUGCCCCGUUUACGUUAGUUUGAACUCUUCCUAGGCUUAGGUUACAUCAAUUUAGGAAGCCUAAAUAACAAAUUGGUCUAUUUUAACAAUUUAUUUUUUCUUUGAUUGUAUUAAACAAAA